AUGUCUGGAUAUAAGACAUUUGCUGUUGCAGGAGCAGGACAUAUAGGCAAACUUGUAGUUGAAGAGCUCCUUAAAAAGAAGACUAACGGGGUGGUCUCUUCUGUCGCUUUCUUGACACGCAAAUCAGACGAACACAACGAUCUGGUCGAAAAGGGCGCUAAGCGCGUCGUUGUUGACUAUAGUUCCCAAUCAUCAAUCCAGUCUGCUCUUUCCGGCAUUGAUGUCGUCGUUUCAACGCUUGUCGUUGUUGAUGUCCAGGAAGGUCUCGCAAUUGGUGCCAAGGCAGCUGGAGUAAAGCUCUUUGUGCCCUCGGAAUUCGGGAACCCAACGGAUGGAGUUACCGAAUCGAUUUGGGGUCAGAAGGACGCGUUGAAGAAGAAGCUUAGGGAUGAGAUCAAGAUACCCUAUGCUGCGUUCUACAAUGGCCCGUGGAUGGAUUACGUAUUCCAGAAGGGGUUUUCUGAGGCGAUCGGAUUUGAUUUCGUCAAUGGAAAGAUAGUGAUUCCUGGCUCUGGCACGGCCGACAUAUCCUGGACUUCCCUGCGCGAUGUCGCUAGGUUCGUUGCACACGCGCUCACCGCGCUCCCGAAGGAUAAGAUCGAGGGCCAUCACUUCCGCAUUGAAGGUGAUAGAGCUAACUAUAACCAGAUCGCUGACGCCUGGAAAGCACGUACAGGCAAGAAUGUGACGGUCUCCUACCGUCCGCGCUCGGAGCUGGAGAAUGCUAUCGCAAAUGAUCCCAAGGAUUAUGUCUCUGCACUCCUGCUGGACUGGGAUAAAGGAAGUGGAGUUGUCGCUAGGAGGCCAGAGGAGCUGGACAACAAUGAAUUCCCUGAUUGGAAACCACGUAAAGCCAUAGAUGUCCUUGUUGAAAUUUACGGGCAGUGA